GAAGAGGGAUGAUCUUUGGUUGUUCAACUGAUGAAGAGUGAAUUCAGAUUGCUACUGGGACGACGUCGUAUAAACUAACAGCACACCGUGCUGUUAGUCCCUAAAUGCAGAGGAGCCAGACCCGCACAAGGGGGAGAUCUAAAUAUUAUAUGCGAUCCACGAAUCGGAGGUGAACCAGGGAAGAUGAUCGUAUGCGUCGCCGUUGUCGGCCACCAGAACAAUCCACUGUACAUUCAGAGCUUCACCGAAGCAGAUGAUGCUCUUAAGCUUCAUCACAUAGUUCAUUGCUCCCUAGACGUGGUUGACGAAAGAGUGAACAAUCCGAAAAAAUCUGGACCGAUGCUCAAUGAGACAUUUCUUGGUCUACUUUAUCCAACUGAAAAUUACAAAGUGUAUGGUUAUUUGACCAACACGAAGGUGAAGUUCAUAUUGGUUACAACCGAUCUUGACGUCCGAGAUGCAGAUGUGAGAAAUUUUUUCGGGAGAUUCCAUGCUGCAUAUGUGGAUGCUGUGUCUAACCCAUUUCAUGUUCCGGGUAAAAAGAUAACAUCCAGAACUUUUGCUGAAAGGGUCAGCAACAUUGUCAAAUCAUUUGGGUUGAGUUCUGCUGGGUGAGUGACUGCCACUGGUUUAGAACUUGACAUUCUCAGAUCCUCCUUUAUAGAAGUGUUGGAAGCAACUUUUACUUCCCCUUGUUAUAUUUGUACAUUUAUUGGCAGCUAAAUUUGGAGUUCAGAUGGACUCAAUUAAUUUGAAUUUCUAGAUGACAUAUUCGAACGUCUUUUAUGACCUUCACUACUCUUAUCUCGAGAACUGGAAAUCAAAAUUACAUUAGUGCUGAUGUUGUUGUGAUAUUUG